UUUUAAAAGAGCUGCUGCCUGCCUCUCCACAGCAGAGAGAGAGAGAGAGAGAGAGAGAGAGAGAGAGAGAGAGAGAGACCUAAAAGAGUGAUUGAAGGUUCAUCCAAGCGCUCAGGACGCACAGACGGAGUUGCACAAUCAGCGCUCCAAAGGGACUCCAGAAAGCAGAAAGCCCUCAGCGCUCCUUCAGCUCUGCCAUCCAACAGUCGCUGCAAGUGGAUAUUAUUUGCACCUCGACAGACUUUUGCUGUGUGUUCACUCGUAGAGAGCGUUUGGGGAGCUAGGAUUUUGAGGAAAAACAGAUCUUUAAAAAAAAAAUAAAAAAACAACUUGUGAAGAAAUGCAUCGGUGCACAGCGGUGCUACUUUUGUUAGUGGUGGCCUUGUACUUCCUGAGCGCAGAAGCUUACAAGUGCAGGUGCACCAGAAAAGGACCAAAGAUCAGAUACAAGGAUGUACAGAAGCUGGAGAUCAAACCCAAACACCCAUACUGCCAAGAGAAGAUGAUAUUUGUGACGAUGGAGAAUGUGGCUCGGUUCAAAGGGCAAGAGUAUUGUCUUCAUCCCAAACUUCAGAGCACCAAGAAUCUGGUGAAAUGGUUCCGCAUCUGGAAGGACAAGCACAGGGUGUAUGAAGCCUAAAACCUCGGCCGCCCAGCACACGUGGAUCAAGUGAGACAAAAACAAAACAAGACAACAAUCACCAGGACUGUUUUUGUGAAGUACAAGAUGUAUUACUACAAUCAGACUGUACUUCUCCCUCUUCUGCCUGAGAUCCGUCAAGCACAUUAAGAGAUAUCUUUAUAGUUCGUAUGUAAGCUGGUGGGCUCGUUUUAGUCGGCCAUCAGUCUAGUCACAGUAACUUACCACUCCUGUCUUUACAACUGUAGUUAUAUUUUUCAAAUAGUGGACGAGACACCGCAAUCUGUGUUCAAACACUGGUAGGUUUGUUCAGUUAUUACUUAAAGGGACUUCUCUUUUGCUUUGGCUUUUAGGCUUCUUUCAAAGUGAGGAAUGUGUAAGAAUGUGUCCUUCUGAAGAAACAGGCAAACCUUCCUUUGAAAACUACAGUGUGGGUGUUUCAGUUGUUAAGAUUUUCUCUACUCUGUAUUCAAUGUGACAGGUAGGAUGCUAGUACAAUGCCAACAUUUAGGAUCUGGUUACCCGUGUUUAAGAGGCUGUAGUCGAGAUGCAGCGAUAAAGGUUCUCAGUGAAUCUGAUUCUCUGUAUUUGUAGAGGAGAGGCGGUCGAUGUGCGGUUACAUAUAAUACAGAAGUUGCUAUUGUUCAGUCAGAUACAGGAGAUUUACCACUCUGUGUGUGUGUGUGUGUGUGUGUGUGUGUGUGUGUGUGUGUGUGUGUGUGUGUGUGUGUGUGUGUGUGUGUGUGUGUGUGUGUGUGUGUGUUUACCAUGUCCACACUAGUCAUAUGUGUCAAACAAACACUACUCUGCAGAACCCAUUUUGUAAAAUAUUAUCUCAUUAACUGUCAGGGUGUAGUUUCAAUAGAUGUUAAAGACUACAAAUAGUUAAUUUGUGCCAUUGCUACAUACAGUACAGUCUGUGGAUUGGAGUUCCUUUAAAAAGCUUGAUUAAUAAAGAAAGCAAGACUGUCUGCAGUUUACAUCCACAAAGGACUAUCUGUUAUAUAUUUUCAUUGGUUGAAAGACAUUUUAGUUCCACCUCUUGAAAUAAAUGUGUAAUGAAGCAAUGUCUUAUACAAACUGCCUACAUAACUACUGUAUUGAGCAUCUUUAAAGGAUAAGUAAGGCUGUUCAUAACCUAGUUUUUUGUUAACCAAUAUCCCAUGAAAAUAUUCAAAUCGACAAUGUGUUAAUGUCUCUCAGUAGUUCCUAAAUUCCCUAACCUGUCUGUUGCACUCAGCCCAUUCAUUCCUACUUAAACCUUUAAAAACAGGUCAGGAAUACAUACUCUCUUAAUACAAAAAACACUUCACUCAAAGUAGAGUAAAUGGUGCAUUUAUUGGGGACUAUUUUCAGCUGCGGAUUAAUAUACAAGCGGUGCUCUACUGAGUAUUUACAGCAGCACAACGGUGACUCCAAAUAAACUUAAGUGACCAUGUUUAUGGUUAUAAAACAACAUGUCACCCAGUUUAACUGUGUUGCUCACUGUUUUUAAUAGUUUGACUACAAUGGAGCUCUGUGGCGCAGAGGAAUAAGAUACAUCAGGCCUCGUACAGACAGUACUUGUUAAUAGGUUUUGUUUUUUUCAUGGGAUUUGUUGACUUGAAUAAGAAAAUACUGAAUAUUAUCAAACGUAUCCUACAAAAUGGGUUAUGAGCUAUGUUAUGUUAUGAAAGUAAUCAUUGGACCAGUGCAUGAGAAAACUUUCAACUUUCUUUUAGCAUUGAUGGGACAAUUUGGCUGAAAACUCUGAAACAUACUUACUGUCCACAUACAAAACAACACUAAUUACACAACAGCUAUUGGAAUAAAUGGUAGGUGUUUCACUUAUACUGCUGAAGAUGAUUUCACUGUCUCCUGCAGUCCUGUGUGGGUGAGGAUACUCUGAUCUGAUCUCUCCUCCUGUAGAUCUCCAGAACAAUACUGUCAAACAUGUUAUUAUUUUGUAUGCUGUGGAUACACUUUGUAACAAUGACUGUUGGGUGUUUUUUUUGUUGCCACCAAACAGAAUUCACACACAAAUAUAUCUACAUAUAUACAAAAACACCACAUUUUCUUUACCUUUUGAAGAAUGUGCAUUACUCUUGUUUUAUAUCUUAUAUAUAAAUAUAUAUAUAAAGAAGCAUUUUGUAAAUGGACCAGUAUAGCCUAUAUGUUAGUGAGAAUGAAUUCACCUUAAGACUUUCUAGUGUCAUGUAUAUUGUAUUACUGCAUUAUAGUUGUUUUUGCUAUUUAAAUCUUGGUUUGGUAACAGAUAUUUGGAGGUUUAGUGUUUGGACCGGUCCACCAAACACACCGUUAAACAUUCCAUUGUGUGUAAAACAAUAAACACAGCAAUAAAGUGUCUAUAGAGAA